UCCAUGCUGGAGGCGCCGGCGCUCGCUUGCCGUGCGCGCUCGGCACGGGCUGCAACUGCAGGGCGAGCGCGCCGCCCGCACACCCACCUCCCCGCACUCCCGCCCCUCGCGAGGCCGUGCCGCUUUGGGCGCCGACUCCGGGGUCCGUGCUCUGCCUCCCCCGGCUCCGAGGAAACGCGCCAAGAAGCUGAGGAAAUCCGGCGCCGACUCUCCCCGCUGGCACCAGAGCCUUCCGCUUCGCUGAGAUCCUUUCAGGUGCUCUCGAGGACGCGAGCGACUUCCCUAGGAGCGAACUUCCGCGGGCAGGGACGCCAGAAGAGAUGCGGAAUUGCCUCCUGGACUGAAUUCUGAGGAUGAGGCCUGACAACAUACCUGACUGUAAUAAGUGGCUGCUCCAGAGAUGACAGGGGUUCAAAGAGACAGGAUGGUAUGAAAACAGUGUGUGAACUGCAAGUCUCAUGGACCUGAUUCUAGUGUCAGCUCUACCUGUCAGGGGUCACUUUUGCUUAAUGACUCUCAGUCCCCUCCUCUGUGACAUGCCUUGCUUAUCUUUCCCUUGGAUUUGUUGUGAGGCUCAAAAAUGAGCAAAUGUUAAAUAAAAAUGUGUUUUGCUA